GCACAGGCGUCCGGCACAGGCUGCCCGGCGCCCGUGUCGGCGGCCCGAGGGCGAGCGACGCAGCGCAGCGCGGUCGUCGGUGGGAGUCGACCCGGCAGCGGCACCGGGGCAGCGUCAUGCGGCUCCCGGCGCUCGUACUGCUGGCAGGGGCAGCAGCCGCUGCCACCGAUGAGUCCUGCGCCGUCCUCGAAACGCAGGGCGCCACCGGCAUAGAGGUACGAAGCCUCGACGGCACUUUGAUGGGCAACGGCACCGAAGUGUGUCUACCGGACGCGCACUACCGCAUCACACUGGAGGCCGAGACGUGUCCGCAGCUGACGUGCUUGGUCCCGACUGCGGUGCCUACCCCGAUGCCGUCGCCGAGACCGACGCCGGCGCCCACGCCGUCGCCGACGCCAGAGCCGACGCUCGGACCGACGACCGAGACGCCCGCGCCCACACCACAACCGUCCGUGGAACCGACGCCCGCGCCCUCGUCACAACCGACGACCGCAGCGCCCUCCUCAAAACCGACGCAGUCGCCCUGCUCCUCGGACCUCUGCUGGAGCGACAAGACUACGGGUGCUAUCGACUGCGGUGAUUUGGGAGGAGCGCCUUUGGUACUGGAGGCGCCCUGGGACCCGUCGCUGAAUGAAUACGCAUCUCCUCAAUUGUCGAAACUUUCGACAGAUGGAGCGUGGGACGCUUCCUCAACGCUCGCUGCCGUCUUGAACGACAACGGUGGCGUGGCGCUCAAAGUAGCCACGUCUGCCGUGUUCUCUGCCGGUAGUGAUUCGUACGUACUAGGCGCGAUCGAGAAGCAGCUCUGCCGGCUAGGUGACGACGUAGUGUGCUUCGCCGGCGAAUUGAUGGCAGAACCUUCCGCAGCGACGGUCUACGAGACGUCCUUCUACUACCUAUCGACAGAUACCAUAUACAGAGUUACCUCACUAGCCAAUGAAGAACCAAUAUUUGGGAGCGCCGGUCUAUCAAUAAACGCCGCUUUGCUGGACGGGACGCUCGAUGCCAUCGCCGCCAUCGAGGUCGACGACGCCGCUUACCUCGUGGGACUGUCGUCGAGCUUCAAGGUACUACUCAUAAGACUGCAUCCCGACACGCACGCCCCGGCCACAUACUCAAUACUAGAUAGCACGGUGGACUGGGGCUCUUCCACUGAACACAGUGUGACCUUUGGGGGAGCUUACGGCUUCGACGGGAGAGCUUUAUUUGCGGCAAAAGAAGGUGGUCUGUUCGAGGCAACUCUCGGUAGUAUACCGGACGCCUGCUGGCACGCCGACGCAUCAGCGUCCUUGUGCUCGGCUACGGUCGACGUCACGCGCCUCGCGGAUACGGACACGUACGACGGUCUCGGGCUGAAUUGUCCUGGACCCUUUACGUUACUCGACUCGGAGGCACCUACAAUGUCACCGACGUAUCCGGAAUGCCUCUCUCAAAUCUGUUGGGACACCGAUAUAACACCCUGGGACUGCAAUUCUGAUGAUGGGCCCGCCGCGCUCGCAAAAACGACGAGCGGCGACUACGAGCACUGGAGCAUCGCGAGACAUGAUGGUGAAUGGGAGCACGCCGAGGACCUUCCGAAUGCUGUCGGGUAUGAUGCUGCUGGUUUGUUGGAAGGCGACGACGGCUACUACGCUGUCGCGGCGCUCAACCGGAGUCUUUGUAGAUUCGACGAGGACCACGUCGAGUGCUUCUCGGGUUCGUUGCGCACGAAGCCGACGGCGGGCACCGUCCUCGGUUCAACAUACUACUACUCCUCGGCCACGACACUGUACCGCGUGUCACAUGUAAACACGGACACACCUACUAUUGUUGAUACUGGCUUCUCCUUGCCGUUCGGUGUCGGCGACUGGGUGGCGGUGGACGAAGCGUUACACGGCGAGACGAUCGUCGGGGACGGCCAGGGGUCCACGGCCUACCUGAUUGGUGUUUCAGAGACGCUGGAGAUUGUGGCGGUGACCCUGUCCAACGGUUUACCGACAUCCUACGCCACCGUAACAGCAACAGGAGCGACGGGCCCCUUCAACGCGGGCUGGGCCAUCUACGACGAGGAGGAGGAGGCGACGCGUAUCGUCUUCGCGGGAAGUGAUGGCGUCUACGAGGUCCCCGCAUUUUCUACGUCUUCAUCAUCAGUAGCUUUGAUACGAGUGGGCGACGCCAUCGCCUUCGAUGUCUACGACGGGUUGAGCUGCCCCCAAAUGUCUCAUCUGAGCGAUGUUUUUGAGUCGCGAGCACCGACCGAGGCGCCCACGACUCGACCUUCGUUGACUCCUUCCUCCGUACCUUCCUCAAAACCCACGAACCCCACCGUGGCACCUUCCCUAGGCUGCGUCGCGCGAGGCACGUCGUCGUGCUCUGGACCCUCUACGUCAAUCAGUUCAAUUGACUGCCAGAACGGAAAUGCCUUCCAGUCGCACUCGUCCGACGGCACUAAUGCGAUCUACGGCUACAACCUAGCUCUAUCGUCCGGUGGUUAUGAUUUCGUCUUCGGUCCCGGUACGUCGAUCGACGCCCUCGGGGUGUUGGAGCUGAGCGACGGAGCUUGGUUGUUUGGCGCUUCACAGGACAAACUCUGCGCCCUGAAUGCUGGUGAAAGUGAAUGCUUUUCCACAUCAUUGAUCAAUGAGCCGGACGCUGGUACAGUAACGGGUACGUCGUAUUACUACGCUUCAUCACUGGGCGAUGGAGAUCAAUCCAUACAUUUCGUGCAAGACAUCCACUCGGACGCUCCAACCUUCAUCACCGACGCUAGUUCACGUUUAGUCAUCGCCGAAGAGGCGUCGAACGGCGUCAAGCUCUUCGCUGGUGUUAUUGGUGAUAUCGCUUCGACUGUGUUAAUAGACGACGGUAAAGAGGAUAGGACCUAUUUGAUCGGUCUCGGGCAGCGCUUCGAGGUCCUCGUGAUUCGUCUUGGGACUGAUGGGUACCCGGAAGCCUACGCCGUGCUUGAUAGUACGCAUACGAUCGAUCCCGAGAGCUAUGGCUUGGACGACGAGGAGCACGAAUUUGGCAGUGCCUUUUCUUAUAAUGAUGGGGUCUUCUUCGGCGGGGACGAUGACAUAGGCGUCUUCCAACUAAGUCUGCCGCUGACCGUUCCUACGAAUUGUUGGAAUACUGGUACCAGUACGAGCACGCAUGCGGCCUGCGACGGCGCCACGGCGUCUCUCGCAAAAGUGCGCGACCUGGCCUUGACCGGGAGUGGUGUGGACGGCUUCAACUGCCCUUCAUUUGAUGCAUUGUCAAGGGCGCCGACUCCGGCGCCCGUCGCGGCACGACGGCUGACGUCGACGUGCGCCUAUUAUGUUGAUUGGGGUACCUGUAGCGUGUCGAGCGGUUCUUUAUCCGUUUCUGGCUCGUUGCGCCUUGCCGGCUUCUCGGCAGCCGAGUGCUCGACGCAGUGGCUCAGUGUCUUGACGCGGACGAUCGCCAAUGCCUUGAGUGUUGGUGAUGAUGCCGUGACGAACGUGGCCUGCGGCUCGCGACGGAGACGGCUGGCGGCGUCCGAUUCCUCUGUAGUCACUUAUGACGCGGCGCUGGACGCGUCAACCGCGCCGGCGGACGUAAACGUCGCGUCCGCGCUCAUCGGAGGCAACGCCACGGCGCUCCGAAUGGUGCUCGCCGACGCGCUCGAAACGGCGUUCACGCCGGCCGGAGCUCUAGAUGCUGCUCUGGAUUCGGCCGCCUCGUCACUGAGUGACGAGGGCGUCGACCUUGCCAGUGUCCAAACGCUCCUGAAUCGGACCGUGACUGCAAACUGCUUCGAGGACUGCUCCAUUACGAGUAGUGGCGGUGGCUCAUCGAGGAACAAGAAGAAGGACCGGCUCUGGUGGCUGACGGACCUCAGAAUUAUUUUACCGGUCUGUGCCGGUUUGCUCUUGAUCUUGGUUGCUGUACUAUACAGGAAGCGCCAGACGUCGCAGAAAGAUAGUGAAGAGGCGAAGCACGACGAGGGCGUCGCGGAACGACGGUUGAGGUUCGACGAGGAGGAUUUGGUUGAAGAGGAGCGGAAGGAGGCGCCGUCGUCAGAUGAUGAUGUGGAGGCGCCGCCGCCGCCGCUACCACCUCGCUCUCGAGAUCAUACCACUCCGAGACGUCGGGUCGAAGAGGUCGAUGAUCCUAGAUCACCUCGGCCCAAUAGAAGCCCGGUGCCCAUGACCUGGGGCGACGCUGAUAGGGAAGCGCGGUCGCCGGCGGCGCCGACGCCCGUGCUCUAUCUCGGCGACGAGGAAGACGCGGAUGAUGGCUCGGCCUUCGGCGACGACGACGUCGUGCCGCCGCCGCCGCCGCCGCUGCCGUCCGAGCUGUCGACGGGGCGCCCCGAGCCGUCCGUGCCGCGGCCUCCUCGCACAGAAGAAUACUUCGGCGCGAACGUUUAUGAUCGGUCGCCGCGGCCGGACGAGCCGGGGGGGAGGCUGUUCAUCUAAGGCAUGAGCU